AUGCAGGUGGCCGACGUUGUACCUACGGGCACAACCUGUAAUAGUGAGGUCCAGAUCCUCAUUGGUGCAGAUUCCUACUGGGCAGUAGUGACAGGCGAGACGGAACCAAUCACAGACAAGCUCUUCGCGAUUAAAACUAUAUUCGGCUGGACAGUUCAAGGCCCUACUUCCUCAUCGUCGUCUGACAACUUGGACACCAAUGUAGGUGUGCUUAGAGUAACAGCGGAAAGCUUUGAAGACGAAACUUCUUCCCAGCUGCGAAGAUUUUGGGAACUUGAACACAUUGGGAUUCAGCACAACGAAACUGAAUGCAAAGAAGAUCAUACUAAUGAAGUGAUGGAUCAUUUUACUAAAACCAUUACGAAGAAAGACGGAAGGUGUGAAGUUUCGCUACCUUGGACCACGAAAAAAGACGAGUUACCUUCAAAUCUAGAAGUAGCAAAGACAAGACUGCGAUCGCUAACGAAACGCCUCAUGAGAGACAGUGGGGUAAUUGAAGAGUACGAUGCUGCUAUUCGCCUCUACGAACAAAACAGACAUGCGGAAAAGAUACCAGCGGACAACAACUCGGCUAACACUCAGUACUACCUUCCUCAUCGAGCUGUGAUUCGACGUGAAAGGGACACCACAAAAAUAAUGAUUGUAUUUGAUGCUUCGUCUAGUGUCGCUAGCGAACCUUCUCUCAACGAUGUUCUUCAUGCUGGACCAAAUCUUAAUCCGGAGGUCCUUCACGUUCUGCUCCGCUUUCGCAGGAACACAGUUGCACUGAUCGCUGAUAUUGAGAAAGCCUUCCUACAGAUUUCAUUAGCCGAAGCUGACCGCGAUGCUUUAAGAUUCCUGUGGUACACGACAACACCAAGAGUGGGACAACCAUUACCCGACGUUGAAGUUCUGCGUAUGACACGGGUCCCAUUCGGCGCUACUUCAAGCCCUUUUCUUUUAGCUGGAACUGUGCGACACAAUCUACAAACAUCGUCUGAAAAGUACCCGACGACUUGCAAACUCCUCUUAGAGAGUUUCUACGUAGAUGACCUGGUAACCAGCGUCGACACAGUUGAAGAAGCACAACAGCUUUGGAAGGAGUCAGUCAUCAUUUUUGAAGAUUGCUGCAUGAGAUUACGAAAAUGGGCAACCAAUGAUGAACAGCUGUGUGCAACUUUGCGGCACUACGAAGACGAAAGGUUGAUCUCACACCACGAGAGGAAGGUGUUAGGUCUGGUUUGGGAUGCGGAAACUGAUACGUUACGAGUUGCGCUACAUUCCGUGAUGAACUUUCUGCUGACAGCUAACGUUACCAAGCGUAGCCUGUUUCAAACGGUAGCGCGAAUAUUCGAUCCUCUUGGGAUUCUCGCACCAUUCGUUAUAAAAGCCAAGAUCUUGUUCCAACGUGUCUGGCAAAAGGAUCUAAGAUGGGACGAGAGUCUCCCGCACGACAUUCUGGAAGACUGGCAAAAAUGGUGUCAUGAACUCCCAAAAGCCGAUGAAAUAUGGAUUCCAAGGAGCAUUAAAAGUACGGCGCAAGUACUCAGCCAAUCCGUACACGUAUUCUGCGACGCCAGUUUUCAGGCAUACGGAGCGGUCGCCUACAUCAGGAGCCAAUAUACCGACGGAUCAUGCACCGUUCAACUUUUGUUGUCGAAGACCAGAGUUGCUCCUUUGAAAAGCAUUACAUUACCACGUCUGGAACUGCUCGGAGCUCUGCUAGGGACUCGCCUUUGCAACUAUGUCAACCACAGCUUCAGCGACAUUGUUAAGGCCACACUCUGGACUGAUUCUAUGAUUGUACUUUACUGGGUACAGGGUCAAAUACAACGCUACAAGCCCUUUGUGGCCAACAGAAUCUCUGAAAUGCAAAGUCACAGGAAUCUUUCAGAUUGGCGACACUGUCCUGGAAAAGAAAAUCCAGCAGAUCUUCUUACACGUGGCGUAAACGUUGAAUACUUGAAGGCAAGAAGUGUCUGGUGGGAAGGACCGCCAUGGCUGAAGGAAACAGAAGCGAGCUGGCUGAAGCUGGUUGACGUGCGCAGAAUGCUAGGAGAAAACUUCCGUGACGAAGAAGUCAAGACAACAUACGUCAUGCUCCUGCCAUCUCGUCAAUUGAAGCCAAUUCUAAAUUUGAACGACUAUUGUUCGCUGGAUAAAAUCAUCAGGGUAACGUCAUGGAUAUACAGGUUUAUACAGAAUGCGAGACAAAGAGAGCCUAAAGAAAGGGGCCCCCUCACUACGGAAGAGCUACAACAGGCCGAAAGGUACUGGAUCAAAGACGUUCAAGAGGAGGUGUUCUCAGAAGAGUUACAAGCACUGCAUUGCUCACAACCAGUGAAAUCAACGUCAAGUCUAAGAGACUUCCACCCAUAUUUGGACCCGAAUGGACUUCUACGAAUACAGGGAAGAUUACAACGAAGCAACGAAAACGAAGAAGUGAAGCAUCCAUUGAUAUUACCAAAGCAGCACACCUACACGCGACUACUUAUCGAAAAUACACAUCAACGCUUACUGCAUUCUGGAGUCCGUGACACGCUCGUUGAGCUAAGAGAACAUUAUUGGAUUAUCCAGGGUCGUCAAGCUGUGAAAAGUGCUCUGUACAAGUGCAUGUGGUGCAAGCGGCAACGCGCUCAACCGACGUUCCAAGACGUUGCCCCGCUUCCUCCUGAUAGGAUAAACCUUUCGUUGGUUUACAUAGGACCUUUCGAGGUAACGGGAACAGACUUUGCGGGACCCCUCUUCUACAAGACUGUAGGCAACAACUCAACGAAAUGCUGCAUCGCUCUUUUUACGUGUGCUGUAACAAGAGCGAUCUACCUAGAAGUUGUCGACGAUCUCACAGCAAACCAAUUCCUCAUGGCAUUUCGCCGGUUCGUAGCCAGGAGGGGACUAUGUAAGAUUAUUUAUUCCGACAAUGCGCUUGCUUUUAAGCGAGCUUUUAAGGAUUUUAAGAUCCUCUGGAACAAUAUACGUAGCCCUGAAGCACUCGCCUACUUUUCCAAAAAAUGUAUCCACUGGAAAUUUAUUAUCGAGCGAGCAGCAUGGUGGGGAGGGUUUUGGGAGAGGAUGGUGCGAUCAGUGAAGAAUACUCUCCGACGAUCACUAUCAAAAGCUUUACUCCAUCAUGACGAACUGAUCACAAUUCUGAUCGAGAUUGAAGCCAUAAUAAAUUCUCGACCGCUCACCACUGUUCAUGAUACACCAGAGGACUCUUCAGUGCUAACUCCUGCUCAUUUCCUGGUGGGAAAGAGACUGACGACGUUGCCAACUGACAAGGUGACGUCCACAGCGUCAGACUGGAGCUCGUUGAACAAGAGUUACCGACGUCGUGAACAGCUGCUCAACUCCUUCUGGGCCCGAUGGAGGAAGGACUAUUUGCUACAACUUCGGUCCCAUCACACAGCGAAACGUGGAAAUGCAGUAACUUUGAAGCCCGGAGAUUUGGUACUGCUCAUGCAAGAUCGCUUACCAAGACAUCUGUGGAAGAUGUGUCGGGUAGACACCAUUACUCCCAGUGCUGACGGAAAACCACACGCUGUUGAUCAGACUGAGAGCACAGAGAAUGAGUGUCCCACUAAGGAGGACGGGCAGGCAUUGGUUGAUCUGCUUCCCGUGGAAAGUGAAGCCAUGUCGACAGCUGACCGUACAGUGGAGGAGCCCGAAAUGGUGCCAUCAUCCUCCCAGCCUGCACCACCUGUUCCAUGGAAACAGAAGAAAACUGCAAGAAGUACGGCUGAACAAAAUGAAAGAACAGGUGCCCUUUCCCGAAUUGCAGAUGUACUUGCACAGCAGCCAGAUGAGUAUGCGACAUUUGGAAAGCUGAUGGAGUGCCGUAUGCGAAAGAUUCCCAGCAAGAGACACAGUUGGUUUGAGGUGCAGGUCCCAAGUUUUGUAAAUGAAUUAGAAGAAGAAUUGGACAGAAACAAUGCAUAG